UUCAUUUUAAACUUUGGAGGAAACUCAGGAAAAAAAAUCCAAUUCAGAAAAAUUUAGGGUUUAUCUUGAGUCCUCAGAUUAUGAACAAGUGAGAGGGCAAAUUACGAGGGUUAAACUCAGAUCGAAAAAUUCUGUCUUUGGUUUCGAGACGAAUUCACAGGUGAAGUUGGAAAAAAAAAAGCAAACUUUGGGAGUGAUUUGUGCGUGUAAAUCGUUAAGAUAUGGACAAGGUAAGUCAGUUGCCUGAUGAUUUACUCAUCAAGAUAUUGUCAUUAGUCCCUACAAAAAAUGUCAUUGCUAUGAGCAUAUUGUCCAAACGAUGGAGAUCUCUUUGGACAUUACUGCCAAGACUUAUCUUUGGUGAGGACGAUGAGGAUGAAGAAGAGCAUGCUGAGUAUAAUUGGGCCGACCAAAUAAAUUUGUCGCAGGUUGUCUAUACGACUUUGCUAUUACACAAGGCGCAGGUUCUAGAGUGUUUUCAUCUCAACAUUACUACAAUAUGUAGCGCUUCCGAGAUUGAAUUAUGGGUUAGAGUUGCAGUCGAUCGUUUCGUGCGUGAUCUGAAGAUACGUUUCUGUAAUGGAUAUGGGCUCAUAACAUUGCCCAUUAGUUUGUAUAGAAGUGAAACACUAGAGACUUUGGAACUCCGAAGUGUGAAGUUCUUGGAAGUUCCUUCUCAGUUUAGCUUUCCAUCACUCAAGAGACUGCGGCUUCUAUUUGUCAAGUAUGCAGAUGAGGAAUCUUUCGUUAGGCUAAUAUCAAAUUGCCCCGUUCUUGAGGAUUUGGUUGUAGAAACUUGUCACAAUGACAAUGUGGCGACUUUCACUGUCAAUGUGCCUUCCUUAGAGAGUUUAUCCAUUAGGCAUACAUUGCCAUACUUUGGGACUGAGGGUGAUGUGUUUGUGGUACAUUACCAUUCUUUGAAGCAGUUGACCAUUAAUCUGGACUACAUAGGUGAUAUUAAGUUUAUAGGCAACAAUAUGCCCAAACUUGUCGAAGCAAAUCUCGUAUCUUUGUCCUGCCAUGCCAAGGUUCUAGCUUCUUUUCCAAAUAUCAAACGUCUUUUUCUAUGCUUAGAUGGAGAGGCUUUGUAUCCUAUUGGUACGGUUUUGUUCCAGCUUGUGCGUUUGGAGCUAUGUUUAUGUGAAAGUAACUGGACAAAUAUGCUUGUGAGUGUGCUCCAACAUUCACCUAAACUACAAGUUCUCAAGCUUGCGCUGAACCAUUUUCUGUCAGAGGAUCGUAAUGUUUGCUGGAUUCAGCCGAGCUGUGUUCCUGAAUGCUUGUUGUUACAUCUCAACACUUUUGAGUGGAGAGACUAUGGUGGAUCUGAAGAAGAGAAACAAGUGGCGGUUUACAUUCUGAAGAACGCUAGGCGGUUAGUGACUGCAACUAUCUACCCUGACUCAGCCGAGUUGGCUUCCAAACAUGAGAUGUUUGAGGAAUUGGAAAUUGAAUCAAGGUUCUCAACAUUGAUUUCAGUUUCCCAAAUAACCUUAGAGUCUUCGAAACACUUAGUCGUCUUCAAACUCCAAUGCAAAAUUCGUCUUGAUUUUGCUGGUUCUCCGGUUUGGUUCCGGUCCCUGAAAAGUUUGCACCUCACAGGUGUGAUGUUCUCAUUCUGCAGAUUUUUAUCGGCUUGUCCUGUUCUUGAAGAUCUCUUCUUUGUGAUCUGUUUUCAAGAGCUUAGAAUGGUCUACUUUCUCAGAAACAUUUAGGUCAUACACGAGAGAUCAAGGAUGAACCACGUUCAAUCUGUAACCCGAGCUGGGUUCCUGAAUGCUUGUCCUUCCAUCUUGAAACUCUUAUAUGGAGAGGCUACAAAGGGAACAGAGGAAGAGAAUGAAGUCGCGGUUUACAUCCUGCAGAAAGCUCGUUGUUUAGCUGCGAUCUCUAUAUAUAUUCACAAGGUCUUCGAGGCACGGAGAAAGACCUAAUGAUGAUCAAGGAGUUGAGAUCUAUGUCUAUGGCUUCAACUUCUUGUCAGCUUGUGGUUCAA